AUGCCGUCGCACCUGCUGCCGCGACGCCCGCAACUCGCCUUCGACCAGCUGCGACCACGCCUCCCGCGCCCGCUUGCGACACGGCUGAGAUGCAGUCCGCUCUCCACACGCCAGUUCUCUCCCGAACACGUCGUGGUUCCGUGUCGGUCCAACGGCGCCGUUACGCUGAGGUCACCGGCGCCGGUGCUGAUCUACCUCCCCGCUGGGCUCUCACUCCCCGGGCAGCCAGACGACUAUGAAGAUCAGUCUCUAUCUGCACUCCUGGCUUCGUCCAGCAGCACUGUAGUACGCAUCAACUACCGACGCUCCGAGCGCCAUCAGUUUCCAACCCCUGUCCACGAUGUUCUGACAGCGUACGAUUGGAUCCUUCAGAACCUAGUCAGAUCCUCCACGACAGGACCCACAAAUGGCCGCACUACGAGUAAACUUGCGCGAUUAGGCGUGUAUGGCGAGCUCGUCGGAGGUGGGCUUGCGGCAAUGCUUGCACUAACAGAAUGCAAGCUUGGCUCCAGCCGAAUUGGCGCCGCAGCUGUCAACAAUCCCGUCGUUGACUGGGUCUUCCCCGAUGAGCUUGCGGCAAUUAUCAAACCUGAUAGCAGCCCUGUGUAUGAGGCUCAAGACGAAUCCUACGGGAGCGACAGCCUCAUGGACUGGUGGGCACAGCAAGAGGCGGAAGAAGUAGCAACCCCAAAGCCCCCGAAACGGGCGCCAAAAGCUGCAAAGUCUUCAUGGAAAGACUACGCGCAUAACGCUGCUUUACCGACGUCUGCCCUCCUUGAAUCACGUGAGGUCUUCUUCAAGAAGCAAGAAGACUAUUUCGAUCGAUUCGCAUCGCCUAUCUGCUUCUUCCGGUCCCCAAAAGGCGAGCUGGUGUAUCCAGAACAUGAAGAUAUCUUGGCAUCGUCUUCGCCUCCCACGUCCGAAGUUGACAGUCCUACUCUAGACCCCGAUCUAUCGUUUCAGGAGAUAUUAUCUGAAGUCGAGUCCCACGAGCCUCGUCCUCCACCUGCUCUUCCUACUUUGUUAAGGUGCCGCGCGUACUACCGGCCCUACCCACCUUCGCAUCUCGACCUCGAUUUACCAUUCAUGCGUAUCACGACUGGGUCUGAGAGCCCUCUUCUGGACCAAGCAUCCGAAUUCAGUGGCAUGACGAAGCGGGCAGUAGCGCGACAGAUCACCUCAAACCGACAUACCCGAGACAGCCGAGAUAGCCAAGAAGGGGAUCAACUGAAAGCCAAAGCUCAAGAAAUUGCAGAUCGCAAAGUCUCUUUGAGCGUGCAAGCCGGACUGGGGCUAUGGACUGGGGUUAACAGUAUAGAGGGAUGGAAAAACAGCGUCGAAGAAGUAGGGUCCUGGAUGAAGACAAGAAUAAAAGCGUGAGGACAUACAAUUGCGGCGCACUGCUCGAGGUUCUCUGAGACCGCAUUAAGAUUCUAGAGCGACAUUAUUAGCAAUCUUGAUAAGUCUCCAGACCACCCCACACGGUGUUGAACUGCCACUCAUGAUGAAGGGUAAUCGACUGGUCCAUACGUCCUAGAAAAUAGCAAAAAUACACUUAUUCGCGGC